AUGUCUCCGUUGGCAAGUGCAUUAGCUCGUGCACGUUUGACUCUGCCGCGAGUUGGCCGAAUCCGAAGCAGAUGUCCACGUGCUUCCUCAUUCAGCACUGCCACUCCGGAGUCGAGUAACUUAGCACUUCAUCCUGUUCUGGAAAGGCCCUCGAAGCCCUCGGCCAUCAGACUCUACUGGAAGCUGGCCAAGGGCAAGCUUACAUUGUGGGUGUCUCUGUCGGCAAUGCCAGGAUAUUUCUUGGCCCUUCCAGGCACAAUCGAGCCAUCAAUUGCAGCUGCGCUGUUCGUGGGAACUUUUUUGACAUCUUCCUCGGCCCAAACCAUGAAUCAAAUGAUCGAGGUGCAUCGUGACGCACGCAUGAAGCGGACUGCAAUGAGACCACUCCCGUCAGGGCAGCUGAGCCCCCAUGAAGCAGCGCGCUUUGCAGCAGCUGCGGGAGCUUUAGGCCUCGUCACUCUAGGUAUCGGCACGACGAGCUGCACCGCUGCCGUGGCUGCAACUACGAUGGCUACAUACGCUGCCCUGUACACCCCACUGAAGGUACGCAGCCCAUAUAACACUCACGUCGGUGCCAUAAGCGGGUCUUUGCCGACCCUGAUGGGCUUCACGGCAGCCUUGGGCACCGGCUUAUGUGUUUCACCUUGGUUACCACAUGCAGCCUGGCUUUUCGGGAUGCAAACCUUGUGGCAAAUGCCGCAUUUCUACUCGCUAGCAUGGCUGCACAGGAGCGACUACCUUCAAGGGGGUUACAAGAUGUUUCCGCUGUCUGAUGAAUCAGGCAUGGAAACGGCUGCAAUGUCCAAGCCGUACUUGGCAGCGCUCUGCGUUCUGCCGUGGGCCAUGUCGGCCAGCGGCGCUGCUUCCUGGAUGCUACCGGUCGGAGCUGCAUUGCCAAGUUUUUUCUGGUGGCACACACUCAAAGACUUCGAAAGAAGGCCCAGUGCUUCCACAUGCAGACGCUUCUUUCUCGGUUCCCUGUCCUAUUUGAUUUCGAUGCUGGUGCUGUUCACGGCAUUUUCACGGGCAUCACAAAGCAGCGACAUCACAGACGAUGAGCAGGGGGCAGCAGCCCACACGGAUCGAGGCGUUCUCGAGCCAUCAUGGAGAGCAUACAUGCGUUCCUGCCUGCUGGGGGCGUGUCCGCAUGAGCAGGUGUGUCGCGACCUUCUCCACACAUGCGCGCAGACUGGAGGAUGCCCCUUGGCGAAGCGACACCCCGGAUCUGCAGCACAAUGA